GAGGGCGCUGUGGUGAAACAGAAAGAAGGCCGGCCGAAGUCGGUCGUUGGGGAUCGGUUGUCGUGCCAGUGGUCGUUGUUAAUUUUUACAAGAAAAUGGCAUUUGUGCUUCGUUUCUCGUCAAAGUGCGGGAAUGUGUCCACUGUUGCUAAAGCUGUUGGUGUGAGUUUGCGAAGAGUAGUUGCCAGAAACAUGUCCAGUGAGGGAAGUAAAGUAGCAGUGAAUGGUGUUGAGCUGCACUAUGACCAGACAGGCAAGGGGAACCAUGCAGUGCUGCUGCUGCCUGGAGCUCUCGGAUCGGGCCAGAAAGAUAUGGGGCCACAGUUUGAGGGCUUGAGCAAGGACAAGUACACGCUGGUGACGUACGAUCCUAGAGGUUACGGCAAGUCCAGACCUCCGGAUAGAGACUUCCCACUGGAUUUCUUCCAGCGAGAUUCAAAAGACGCAGCCAGUCUCAUGUCCGUUCUUGGACAUGAUCGUUACUCGGUGCUGGGUUGGAGUGACGGUGGUAUCAUAGGCAUCAUCAUGGCGGCAACCUACCCUGAUCACGUGCAGAAACUGCUAGUAUGGGGAGGAAAUGCAUAUGUAACGGAAAAGGACAUAGAGGCUUAUGAAGCAACUCGAGACAUCUCCAAAUGGAGCGAGAGAAUGCGCGCUCCAAUGGUGGAGAUGUACGGCGCAGAGUACUUCCAGAAGCUAUGGAGUGGUUGGAUCGACGGCAUCCGAACCAUCUGCACUGAGAACCGCACCGAUAUAUGCAUGGCGGAUUGCCGCAGGAUAACGUGCCCGACCUUGAUCGUCCACGGCGAGAAGGAUGCCAUGGUGCCUAUAGAACACCCAUAUUUCCUGAACCAGCACAUCAGAGGAUCCAGGGUUCUGAUGAUGCCGGAAGGGAAGCACAACUUACACAUGCGAUACGCUGAGGAAUUCAACCGACACGCCGAAAUCUUCCUGGACUCCUCAGCCAAUCAAAACAGUUUGUUGUAAUCACUGCUUCUGACAUAGUCAGAAAAAAUAUUGACUUCCAUAUAGCCUUGGUAUGCAAAAUUUUGAAUUAUGAGAGUAUUCUUAAGAACCCCAGAGUGGCUAAAAAAAAAAAAAAAAAAUCCAACUGACAAUUUUUUAAAAAAUUUUGAUUAUUAGAAUUUGAUUAUUUUUACAUUUUUUUUUUUACAUUGUAUUCUAUCACUGAAGAAUCCAUAAAAACCACUGAGUGUUCGGGCGGUUUAGGGCGGUAGAGGGAGUAAUGGGCAGGGCGGUCUUGGGCGGUUCAGAGACUAAUGAGUUCAUAAGAAAAAUCAAACACUUU